UCCCAUCUUCACUCACCAAGGCGCACGGAGCUGAUUCUUUCUCCAAGUUAUCUGCUUGUCAGAAAAAAGGUAUUUCUGAGAAAAUGAGGAGAGGUUUUCUUCUGGUGUCUCUGUUCCUCAUCAUGAAACUUCGGUACAGCCAGUCCAGAUGCGAGGAGGAGCCCGGAAUGCGCAGAUCAACUUCAGAGCAGACUUCAGGUUUGGACAAUUUGAAGCGGAAUAUUCUGAAGAGGUACAGCGAUUUGGAUUACGACAGCUUUGUGGGUCUGAUGGGAAGAAGGAAUGCCGAUGAAAACGCUGUACAGCCACCACAAAAAAGGGAAAUGCACGACAUUUUUGUUGGCUUGAUGGGUAGGAGAAACUCAGAGCCUGAUAAUGGUCCAUGGAGGAGAGAGUAUCCAGAGAGGAGAGGCAUCUUUCUUAACAAGUGCAGGCUGAGGUUUCUUCAGGGGCUUUAGGCAUUCAUGCUGAAGCAACCUUCUCAUCCAACCUUCUCAUCUGACAAAGAAGACAGAGGAUCACAAAGAAUUCACGCAAUGAAGUAAAUAUCUGAUGAAAACCACUUUUAAAGACACGGUUCACACUGUAAACCUGCCAGCUGGCUCAUGAAAGCAUUCAUAAUCUACGCAGCUUGUAUUUGAUUUAUCUGAAGACAAACAUGAUUAGAAGUGAUGCCAUCUCAUACAACGUCUUUACCAUGUUAUUCAUUUCUCUCCAAACUUCAAAAUAAACAUAACUUUUUUAUACAGUAUCUGAUUCAUUUGAAAUGUCUGUCCAGUUUCUUGCAGCUGUUGUUUAUUCUCUCAGCUCCAGCGCAGACAGAAAUGUUCAAUCUCACCUGCUACAGUGUUCACUUGCUGGGGUUCAUGAAAUGACUUGAGAGGAGGGAUUCACUGGAGUUCUGUAUGAUUCUGUGUUUAUCAGAUGCUACAGCGUAAAAAAGCACAAAGGGUUUCACUCAUCAGAGCGUCUCACAUGGUUAAAGCGUAAGAAAAGAACAAA